UCCUCAACUCUGGAGGGCUCUGAGAGCACUGAUAAAUAAAUAAAAAAAACAAUAAACAAAUCGAAAGCAAAUUCGAGUUGUUUAUUUUAAAUAGUUUUCUAAAUUUAUGAAAAAUAUAAUUUCUUUAUUUUUCCUUCUGAUAAAUAUCGAUGUGGUGGCAAUUUUUUUUGCAUAGUUAGUUUUGCGCCAUAGUGAAAUCUAGAGUGGUUACCUGACCUGAACUCAGUUGCCCUAAAUAUUCUGAAUGGUAGUUUACUGUGAAGAAAGAAGUUCUGUGAAUACUGAGAGGAAGCUAUAUUGGAGAUGAUAAUUUCAUUUUCCAUUCUUGCUAAGUGAAUAACUUCCUAUGGGAUUAUGCCUUGUUGGUGUUGUUUUAUUGAUGCUACUUAGUAUGGUUUGUAAGAGAUGGCAACUGAUAUCAGUGAUAUUGUGAAGCAAGGUUAUCUAAAGAUACGUAGCUGUAAACUUGGUUUGUGGCAGAGAAGAUGGAUUGUUUUAAGAAGAGCAUCCAGUAAAGCACCCUGUAGGUUGGAAAAAUAUAUCGAUGAAAAGGCUGCCCGCUCUGUCACAGGUCAUAAAAUUGCUCUUCUAACAUCAGUGAACACAAUCUGUAGGGUGCCAAAUAGUGUUAAGAAACAUGCAUUCACUAUUUGCUUUAUGGACUCCACCACUAAGUGCUUUGCCUGUGAUUCUGACAUGGAAGCAGAUACAUGGGUCAAACUUCUAGUACAAGAAUCUCUUAUUCCACAGCCUGGAUUUAAUACUGGAGAACCUGAUGUUUUAAGUCCAGGAAUUCAGAAGGAAUUACAAGAGCAAUUCCAUGUAUACCUUAUGCCUACUCCAAAGCUAGAUGUAUUUGGUGAAUGUCUACUCCAAGUGACUCAUGAAAACAUUUACCUUUGGGAUAUAAAUAAUACUCGUGUGAAGUUAGUAGCUUGGCCCUUAACUGCUCUGCGUAGAUAUGGUAGUGAUCCUUCCAAGUUCACAUUUGAAGCUGGCAGACAAUGUGUUACUGGAGAAGGAAUGUUUGUUUUUCAUACUCUUGAGGGAGAUAAAAUUUAUAGAAAAGUUCAUCAGGCUACCUUGGCAAUUGCUGAGGCUCAUCAUCGCAUGAAAGAACACAAUGAUAGAGUUCUUUCUAAUCAGGAUUCAUCAUCUCAAAAGGGAUCAUCUUCAAGAAGUGUGUCUUAUCCAUCUGGAUUUCCUGAAUCCAGUUCAUCUUACCACAUCACAGAAGACAGCGAUGACGACCAUCAGGAGGUCGUUGUGUCCAAUCCUGAAGUUGUUUCUGACCACAAACGAAUGGUAGCUAGCGAGGAGACCCUCAUGCAUCAGAAUGCCGCAAGGCCACGAUCCAAGUGCAGCUUGCGUUCUCAUUUGUUGCAGUAUGGGAAGUAAUUUCACCUACACCAUAUUAAUAGUAUAUACAUAUUAUGUGACAUUUUGCAGCCAAGAGAAAUAUUUUUGUGUGCUUCAGUCAUCACUAUCAUUUUUGUAUAAAAACUGGUACAUAUGUUGAUGUUUAAGCUAAAUACAAUAUUUUUUAUUAAUUUUGCGGGAGCAUAUUGACCACAUGCAGUGCAAAUGCCAUAUUUGGUUGGAAUUUUUCAUUAAAAGUGCAUCUUGUAUCAUUAGUAGGAUAGAGAAAAACUCUGUGGGAAUUUAAGUGAUAUUGUUGAAAUUUUUUUUCAUUUGAAUUGUUGACUCAUAUUCUAAUGGAAGCAAUUUUCUGAGACAAUGAAACAUAACAAUAAACAAUGAAAAAAUAAAACUUAUAAAAUAAAUGCUUUAUGCAAGAAAUACUUCCACAAUGACAAUUUUCUUAAUAGUGUGGUAAAAUAGUGCUGUGUUUAUCUUAAACAUGAAUUUAAAAUGAAUAUCCAAGCCAAAGACAUAAAAAUCUGAUUUUUAAAAAUUAUAAAUACUUUUAAAAGUAUUAAAACACUUUUAAUUGCAACAUUCUAUGUUAUAUUUAAAAAAUGCUUUGUUGCAAUAUUUUAAUUAAAUGUUAAUUGAAAUACUCUGGAAUUUUUGUUAUUGUGUUUAUUUUGUUAAAAUUGAAAACGUUAAUGAAUUAAAAAAUUUUCUUUUUCUAUGAAAUGUGAAUAUUUUAAACUUGUUUUCAUGCAAAUUGUUCUACUGAAGAGAGUAGAAUCAAAAAUAAUUUUUGUAAGCAUUUUAAGUUAUUUACAUCAGUUUUCUGCGAGCAUGUUGAAUGUGUUUAUCUGAUGUUCAACAUAAUAUCUAGGAAAUAAGGCAGCCUCUUGCUUUUAUUUCUCACUUAAUAUAUGAAAUGUGGCCUUAUAAUUUGAUCUAGUCUUUAAUGAGAUUAAUAAAUUGAAGAGGGGAUAUUUUUAAUUCUUAAGUCUUAGAGAAAUGCAAGAGAUUUUUUAAAUAAAAAUAUGCAUGUUUAAAAUGUGGAAACAAAAAAAAAUAUUUACAAGUGUUGCCUGUUCAUAUUAAUAUUUAAACAAAUGAAUGGAAAUGUGGAUAAGGUUAUUAUUAUUAUUAUUAUUGAAACAAUUACAUAGACAUAAUCAGCCACAUGUUAUUUUUAACUUUAUUAAAAACUUGCAUUUUUUUUUUAAUUCUGUUAAAAUGUAUGCUUUGUCUGAACUUCAAAAAAAAAUAGUAUUUGAAAUUAAUUCAGUUUUUC